AUGCUCGCUCCUCGGCUCGCUGGUGCACAGGCUGCACGGCAGUCGCUCAAGUGCACCUGCAGGGCGGCGUACACGACUCGGGCGGCCCUCGCACGCCCUGGUCCCGCUUCUCUCACCUCGUCUCCUCUCCCCCGCUUCGACGCUCCUUCCGCACGACCCACUCCUCGCUCCUUCGCCCGUGCGUACUCGGCGAGAACGACACCGACGGACCCGAUCGUCGUCGAAGGCAACACCUACCCGCGAGACGCCUUCUCGAAUGUCACGCCGACCAUUCUCUCGAAACUCCCUCGACGACUGCAUCUCUCCCCCUCACACCCGAUCGGGAUCCUCCGCACCCUGAUCGAGUCGCACUUUGCCUCCUUCAAGCACCUCAACUCCCUCUCGCCCAUCGUCACCGUCCAGCAGAACUUUGACGACCUCGGUUUCCCCGCCGACCAUCCCGGCCGCGCCUUGACAGACUCGUACUACCUGAACCAGACGCACAUGUUGCGCACGCACACGUCCGCACACGAAGUCGAGUCGUUCCGCAGCGGACUCGAACAGUUCCUCUUGACGGCGGACGUUUACCGCCGAGACGAGAUUGACCGGAGCCACUAUCCCGUCUUUCACCAGAUGGAAGGGUGCAGCGUCUUUGAUCCGGCGACGGGGGCGAUCGAGCGGCUCGAGAAGGAGAAUGCCGAGAUGCGCGCCGCGUUGAAGGCGGCCAACAUCGUCAUCGAGGACGAGACGGGCGAAGAGACGGCUACGAACCCCUACCAGGCGGAACACGACCCUCGUGUUGCGCGCGUCAUCGCCGAGCACUUGAAAAACAACCUCAACGGGCUCGUGUUGAAGUUAUUUGGCGGACGGGCGAGUCAGGGAGGUGAGCCGCUCAGGGUUCGCUGGAUCGAGGCGACGUUUCCCUGGACGGCGCCGAGCUACGAGGUCGAGGUCAUGUUCAACGGCAAGUGGUUGGAGAUCCUCGGGUGCGGAGUGGUCAGGCAGACGGCGUUGGAGCGCUCAGGCGUCGGGCACAAGCAAGGCUGGGCGUUCGGACUCGGGCUCGAGCGCAUCGCCAUGGUCCUCUUCUCGAUUCCCGACAUCCGUCUCUUCUGGUCCGAAGACGCGCGCUUCCUCUCGCAGUUCCGCGAGAACGAGAUUUCGACUUUCAAGCCUUACUCAAAGUAUCCCGAGUGCUACAAGGACCUCACGUUUUGGGUUCCGUCGCAGGGCGAGGCGGAGAAGGCGUGGCAUGAGAAUGACUUUAUGGAGUUGGUGAGGGACGAGGGGGGCGAUCUGGUCGAGAGCGUGCAGCUGAUUGACGAGUUCACGCACCCGAAGACGGGUCGCAAGUCGCGCUGCUACCGCCUCAACUACCGCUCGAUGGACCGCUCGCUGAGCAACGAAGAGGUGAACCGGAUCCAGGACCGGGUGAUUGAGCGCGUUACGGGCGAGAUGGGCGUCGAAGUGCGGUAG